AUGGUGAGUACUGAAGGCGAAGUUAAUUUUUCCUUCAAAUUAGUUAUAUAUUUUUCUUUAAUUACAAUAUUUUUUCCCAAAAAAAUUAAAAAACCCUCAUAUUACCUAAUUAUGCAUAUCCUUGGCGAUUCAGGAGUAGGUAAGACCAAUCUUCUACAGCGCUUCACCAAAAAUAUAUUUUCCUUACUCCCCCCAUCCUUGAUCGAAUGAUUGACUGUAAAAUUCCUAAAAAUUGGGAAAAUUAACCCCAUCCUUGAUCGAACGAUUUUCAUAUAAUGCAAAUUUUUAUAUAUAUAAAAAUAUAUUAGUUAUCAAAAGCUUGGGAAGAUGUGCCUAAUGAAGCUGUUGUCAGAGGCUUUGAGACGACAGGAAGCUACGGAAUCAACCAUCCGAAGUGAUUUAGCCAUCAACCUGGGCUUAAAAACUCAAUAAUCUAAAAAUAGAAUAAAUCAAAAUAUUAAAAAUUGGUAUUUUAUGAAAUUAAUUCAAUUUUUUGCUGUAAAAAUAAUUAUUAAAUACUCUCAACCUUUUAUUUAAAAGUAAAUAAAAAAAAAAAAUAUAUUUUUUUUUUUUAUAUAUAAAAUUUUUUUUCCAAAAAAAUUUUUGUUUUAAACCCCAUCCUUGUCGAACGAUGGCGAGCCGUUCGAUCAAGGAUGGGGGGAGUUAGCCACAAGAAGUUCAAUGGGUUUCAAUAAUGACUACAAAACUCUAGACAUCGAAGGUAAAACAGUUAGGGCCGAAAUAUGGGACACGCCUGGACAAGACCGAUAUAGGGCUAUGCUAAACCCAUUCUACCGUGGAGCAGUUGGCGCGCUUCUCGUUUACGAUCUCACCAAUGCUGAAACCUUCACCAACCUUCAAAAGUGGAUGAAGGAAAUCAAAAACUACGGGGAGUCCAUAGAAACUGUUCUUCUAAUUGGCAAUAAAAGUGAUAAAGAAGAGGAAAGGAAUGUAAAACAAUCUGAUGCGAUGGCUUUUGCACAGAAAAACGGGAUCGCGUAUAUUGAAACUUCAGCGCUGAAUGCAAAUAAUGUGGACAAAGCGUUUGAGAUCAUUUUAACUAAUUUGGUUAAAAAUAAGACAAGCAAUAUACCAGCCCCUGCACCGCCGAAACUUGAUGUAGAAGGGAAAUCGAAGAAGAUUGGGAAUGAAGAACAUAGACAAUUCGAUGACACUGUAAGGAAGACCUGUAGUUGUAGCUUACUAUAA